AUGAAUGAAGAUUUAGAAAUAGAUGAAAAUGCUUACGAUAUGUUUUUUAGUCCAUUAACACCUUGGCCAUGUUUAUCUUUUGAUUUUAUAUUGCCAAACUCAUCUUGUUAUUUCAGUGAAAAAUCAAAGAAAGAAACAAAUAGCGAACUAGUUAAUAAUAUACCAUUAAAAUAUCCUAUUGACAUUUGUUGCGUUGGAGGAACACAAGCUAAUAAAAGCGAAUUGAAUAAUAUUUACGUAAUUAAAUGGUCAAAUUUAAAUAAACUAAAAAAUUGUGAAACAGAAAAUUCCAGUGAUGAUAGUGAGUAUGAUGAUGAAGAGGAAAAUGAUAUAAGUUUAAACGAACAUGAUAAUAUGGAAAAAAAAAAAAAAGUGAAAAAUGAAUUCCUUGAUGAAAAAAGCAACAUAAUUUGUAAAUCUAUAAAACAUGAAUACGGAUGUAUAAAUAAAAUAAAAGUAAGUAAAAAAAUAAAUUCCUUAGUUGCAGCAUGGUGUGAAGAUAGUAAUGUGUAUAUAUAUGAACUAUCUGAUGAAAUAAAAAAUUUGGAUGAUCGUGGCUAUAAUGAGGAAAUAGAAAAAAAACCAUUACAUGUAUUUGAAAAACAUUCUAAGGAAGGUUUUAGCUUAGAUUGGAAUAAUAUUUAUGCAGCAAAAUUAUUAACUGGUGAUAAUGAUGGGAAUUUAUAUUUAUGGUUACCUCAUAAUUCAGAUAAAUGGAAUUAUGAAUAUUGGGAUUUUAAAAAAUAUGCUGAUAAUAAAAUAAACAAAAAAUAUAGUAUAGAAGAUAUAGAAUGGUGCAAAAAAGGAAAUGGUUUAGGAAAUGUAUUUUGUAUAUGUUCAUCAGAUAAAAGUAUUCGAAUAUUAGAUAUAAGAAAUUUAAAUAAUAACAAUAAUACAAAUAUAAAUAUAGAAAAUGCACAUGAAAAUGAUGUCAAUGUAAUAUCAUGGAAUGAAAAUUCAGAAUUUUUAUUAGCUUCAGGAGGAGAUGAUAACUUAAUAAAAAUAUGGGAUAUUAGAAACACUCGAAAUUCUGUAGCUCAAUUAAAUUUUCAUAAACAACCAAUAACUUCAGUUUGUUGGGAUUCUAAAGAUACUUAUGUCUUAUUAGCAUCAAGUUUAGAUAAUUCAAUCACUAUAUGGGAUUUAUCUGUAGAGUCAGAAGCCUUAGAAUAUUCUCAUUCCAAAUAUCCUGAUCAAUUACUAUUUGAACAUUUAAAUCAAAAUUUUAUUACCGAAGCAAAAUUUCAUCCAUACUUUUCUGGAGUUGUAGUUUCAACUUCUUGUGAUAAUUUUAAUAUCUUCAAGCCUUGUAAUAUUUAA